CAAAGUCUGGUCUCACAAGACUGCCAGACCCGAAUGUACCCUGUAAUAAAGUGUCUCCAAGAUCUACUUGGCAUCAGUCGGAACCAACUGGAUACUUUUACCACAAAGUCUGGAAACCGUUUUUGUGUUUUGUCCCUGACAAGGUGGAGCAGUUUGACGAGUCGUGUUUAAAAAACUUACACAUAAUUUUCUACGGCGACUCAAAUUCUAGGUACAUCUACUACAGAAUUAAGUCAAAAGUGCGAUGCAAUGAAAGUCUUUUAGUUUCAGGAAACGACCACUACCAUGCACCGAGGACCUGUGAAAAUAGGACAAGUAAUUUUUCAAUACAGAGCAUACCUCAUUCAAAUCCAUUCCAUAUUGGCCUGCGACAUUUCUAUACCACUAGCUACUUACACUCACCUGAGAAGAUUAUCGGUUCCAUUCCAUCAGAAGGACGUUAUAUCAUCGGUCUCAGCCAUUACCUUCACUACACCGCGCACCACGUCAGUGUCUACGAGAGGGCCCUAAUAGCGCUACGAGAGACCAUCAUAAGGCUGUUGAAGCGUAAUCCACAUGUACUUAUUCUGUUAAGGGGGCCCCACGUUGCAGAGCGAGAACCAUAUAUCUAUUACAUGGGUGACGUCUGGGGCCAGUACUUUGUUGCAAUACAAAAGGAGACAUUCAGAGAUCUACAAGACCACAUUAUUUACUUCCCAACAUGGGACAUAACUGUGGCGUCGGAAGACACAUUUAUCCACCCUGCGUGUAACGAUCAUUUAUCUGACGUGAUGUUUCAAUUUCUAUGUGGCAGAGAACAAUAA